AUGAUGGUUAUUGUCAAUGAUGUCUAUAUCAUGGAGAACGAGGCCUACGAUAAGGCAGAGAAGCUUGUAAAGGAUAUGAUUCCAAGGGUUGUUACUCAUGGUCUACCUUUUAAUCAUCAGAACAUUUUUGAACAAGCACGGUCCUAUCUCCUCUUCAAUUCUAUUACUUUCUCCCUCGUGGCUCCUCGCGUAAAGUGA